CUUAGGGUUUAGGGUCUGCAGAUGGAAUGCAAAGAUGUGAGUGGAACAGACGGGUCUGACAUCUGACAUCUGACAUCUGACAUCUGACUUUCCAAAGGGUGGGUGGUGGCACUGGUGGCAUGUUCUUUUUUGCUUCUGUGGGUGUUCGGAAACGAAAGCUCAUCAAACACCAUGCUGCAGAGAUCUUUACGGCGGUUAUCAGUGGUGCUCUGUUCUCGCUUUAUUCGACGGCUUUGGUGGGCCGGUUGCUUGCGCUGAAUCCGUCGCUGACACGGGCGAUUAUUCCACGCUGUGUCACUGUCGCACUGGCUCUUCCGAUCGCAAAUCUUCUUGAAGGUUCGAACGCGUCGUUGACGGCUGCUGCGGUGGUCCUCACGGGUCUCAUUGGUGCAAACUUCACUCAGACAUGCAUGGACCGAUUUGGCUUCCGUGAUCCCAUCUCUCGAGGCAUGGCCACUGCUUGCAGCGCGCACGGUCUCGGGACGGCUGCACUUUCCGGAAAAGAGCCCGAGGCUCUUCCUUUCUGCGCUAUCGCCUAUGCUCUGACAGGCAUCUGCAGCUCAGUACUCUGUGCAGUGCCAGUUGUCAGAGAGAGCCUGAUAGCUCUCGCUGGAACCGGCGCACUCUAAAGGCUACUGACUUAACUGAGUCGGCAAGCGUUCAUAUCACUCACUGGAAGUUAUCUGGCAGCGUUAUAGUGCCAAUCGUUCGGGGCCCAGAGUUCCUGGCGGGCCCAGCAUUCGGGGGGGAGAUGAAACUGAUGUAAGUGCCAAUCGUUCGGGGCCCAGGGUUCCGGCGGGCCCAGCGUUCGGGGGGGAAGAUGAAACCGAUGUAGUGCCAAUCGUUCGGGGCCCAGGGUUCCGGCGGGCCCAGUGAAGCGAGCAGCCAGAUCAUGUGCUGGGUUGGCACGGAAGUACAAGGCGAGCCAGCGAAUGCGCUGGCUAUGUUGGCUAUGGACGAAAGAUCGACAUCCAGAAGGCAAGAGGUCGCGGUAAGGUGCGAGAAAGAGCAUAUGUGGAGCAGGACUAGCGAGUCUGACUGGUGCCAGUACUGGAGGAAAGGGUCAGGGACAUGAAGCAAGAGGCUGCGCUGACGCAGAGCACGGCGCAAUUGGAUGUGUGCUGAGGCGGUUGUCUGCAAGGAAAAAUGUUUCACAUACGAAAAGAAGACAACGAGCGUGGCCAUGUAUAUGACAGCUAUGGAGGAAGAAAGAGCAAGGAACACAAAGAAAUAAGCGUGUGCUGAGAUGUGAGAAAGAACCUAUCUGCUGUUUAUGGACUAUGCAUGCAUUAUGUAUUUACAAUGUAUUUAUUGUGUAUGAAUUAUGUAUGUACUAUGUAGUGUGUAGGAUGUAGUAUCACAGAAAGGCAGAGGAUGUGAUGCGGCGGCUAUGGAGAAAAGAGGAAAGAGUAAGCAGAAAAAGGAAGAAUGCUGGCUGAUGUACCAGCUAUGGAGGAAAGAGGCAGAAUGUACCUAAUGAUUCUAAAACUAUCUGUUAACAGAAGGCGUCGUCAAUAUCAUGGCUAUGGACCCACUGCACUGGCUAUCGAGAAGAGAGGAAGACGACAAGGUGCGAGGAAGAAGAUGCUGGUGAGAAGAGGGAAUAUCUACGGAGGAAAGUACGACUACAAGUGGGGUUACCCGUGCAUGCAGCAGCCAUGCAUUGCACCGACUAACUGCAUGUGCCGUCACCCAACGGUCAUCGAGUGCGUUUGCAUGCAUUUGGUCUGCGCCAUCGCCCAAGGGUCAUCGAGUGCGUUUGCAUGCAUUUGGUCUUGCCGUCGCCCAAGGGUCAUCGAGUGCGUUUGCAUGCAUUUGGUUGUUCACAAAAGUCGUUGAGCCAUCAGCAUUAAGCGGCCACUCCACUCUCUGUGACAGCUCGUGGCCGUGUAGCAGUCUGGCAGUGGCCUGUCACAGCCUGGUCACUAUAGCUGUAUAUUUGGUGCAACUUUCGGUCUAGAUACAGUGAAAUGAAAAAUUAAUUGCCUCCGAGGCUCCGACCACCACCGUGGGAUCGCAAUCUGCCUAGUACCGUCUUCACCGGAAUAGAACCCCCGGUCAUUAUAGCUGUAUUGGGUGCAACUUUCGGUCUAGAUACAGUGAUAAUGACCGGGGAUUCUAUUCGGGUGACGACGCUAGUCUUCUGCAUCCCGCUGACGUCUGUUGUCAGCCUGGUCGUUCCAGCUUCCAAGGAUCGGCUCCAGGUUCGGCAAAUAAGACAGCUUCUGCACAGUAGGCUUGGAGACCCUGGUGGGUUAAUUGGUAGAGACCCCGGUGGGUUAAUCGGUAGAGACCCCGGUGGGUUAAUCGGUAAGUAUAAAAUUACUAUAAAUAGAUGAGUGGACUGUUUGUCAAACCUGGAGUCGAGCCUUCGCCGCUGGAAGUGCUACUUGCAUAUGCACAUUGUACACGCGAGGAGCAUGCAUGGCAGUCUCGACGACGUGCUCAGAAUCGGCGACGAGGUGUUGGGAAGCGGAAGGCUGCUUCUCGUCGAGCCGGCGGAGUUCAUGUCGUUUUAGUUCGGUUGUAGAUUUACUGGAUGAAUUUUCUUUUUUUUCUCGAGAGCUUAUCACUUUAUAGAUGUCAAAUGAGUCGAGACAAAAAGAAAAAAGAAAAAAAAUAGACCAGACGCAGCCUCAUCGGUACCGUUGCAUUCUACGGUACCGAGCAGUAUCCACACCAAUUCACCAUCCACCAGAAGGAGCAGGUUACACCUGAAAGAUGCUAUCCAUAGCAUUAUGCCCGCAUGGAAGAGGGUAGAAGGAUUGGACUUAUGCCAUCAGGAGAGAAGGGCAUCUUCCUUUCCCCUGGAACUACAGUAUAAACCUACACUCGUC